GAGUCGCCAACACCAACAAGUGGAGGGGCUGAUGGAGAAAUGAUAGAUAACUCCACGGCAAGUACGUAUAAGUUAGGAAUAUUGCUCUAGCUUCAAACGAAAUUAUUUAAUUAUUUUACAUUUCCAACCCCAACCCACAGGUGUAUAGACAAAUCUAUCUUAACAGCCAGCUGUCAAACCUGUAAUGAUAAAACCGAAAACAAACCCACCUUUUGCGAUUGCUCUUUACACUACUAAAACAUCUUCUCUUUACAAAUCAAAGAUUAAAAAAAAAAGAAAAAUUAAAAUAAUUGAAGCGUGUAAUUAUAGUGAACUCUUAACCUUCAGGUCUUUGAUAUCAAUUUGUCGCUGGCUUAAUGCUUUUUGAAACAUUAUCCAAAAGUUGAAGAUUACUGCAUUAAACUAAUUAUUUUCCUGUGAUUUUCGCUCAUGGAAAUGCAGAAUUUAUAAAGCUAUCCCUGGCCUUUCCACCUCAGAAAGAGUUAACAAUUUACUACUGUAGCAGAACGAAAUGAAGCUGAUCUCUUCGUUUGUCGAAAGUACGUAAGGCAAAGACUCCUGUGAUCUAGAGGAAUUUCCUACGAUUUAGACAGUAACGAAGAAAAAAAAAAGAGCUGAAGAAUAUAUUUUCUUUAGUAGUAAUGGAAUAAUUCCCGCGGACACUACGCAUUAUUCUUUACUUGAGUAAACGUUGUGUGGAAAUCGUCUGGCGAGGAAGCGAUCAGUGCGUCUUGGAACCUUUUUUUAAACUAUCCGUACUCGCAGUUUGUUUCAAUUAACGUAGAUAUCCAGAGAACCGAGGUAUGAAUUAGUUUGGGAACAUUCUUUUUUACGAUUUCUGCAGAACUGGGCCUCGUAUGCCACAACGAAUACAUCGAGGUUACCUUGGAGAGCAAGAACUACCCAGGACUGGACACCAAUGUGACUCAUCUCCAGGACGAGGCCUGUGUUCCCGGGUAUCGAGAUGCAACAAAGGUUAUAUUUAGGUUUGGCUUGGGGGACUGCCAAACCGAAUAUGAAGAAGACGAAAGUGAAAUUCGCUAUAUGAACAAGAUUAUUGCUGUAGUAAACGACGAGAAUGAAGAGGAAGCCAUCACUCGAUCAAGUACAAGAGUGCUUCCCUUUCAGUGUUCCUACAAGAAAAAGGCUGUUAUCUCUAAAGUGCAAGUCAAUCCUCAGUUCACAAAAAUCAUAACCAAUACAGGUGACAACCACAAGUGCAAAUAAAAUAAUAAUGCCUGUUUACUGCUUUUUGAUACACGCCAAUGGCAAUCAAGGAGUAAUUGGAUCAUGCUGGUCAAAGUACCUCAUAAAAAUCUUGCAAUUAAAAUUAUAUAAAAAUGCCCUAUAUAACUAUCCUUAAGGUCUUGAACGAAAACACUUAAAGACUCCUUAAAGUGCAGGGCCGAGUUGUUCGAAGGCCGGUUAGCGCUUAACCCGGGGUUAAAUUUAACCCGAGUUUCUUGUUCUUGUGUUCUAAAGCAUUUUCUCGGAAAAUUUUCUCUGUUAUUUUUAGAGCUUCCAAUCAUCAACUUGUAGACAAAAAGAACUAAAACUGAAAUGCUUUUUAAGCUUUCAAAUCUGAAUUCAAAUCUCGCACUAACUGUGGGUCAUCUUAACCCAGCUUUGAACAACUCGGCCCAGAACACUUUAGACUCCUUAAAGUCUUGACUUUAACACUCCUUAAAGUAUUCACUUUAAGACUCCUUACAGUGUUCACUUUAAGACUCCUUAAAGUCUUCACUUUAAGACCCCUUAAAGUCUGAUCUUCACUUUAAGACUCCUUAAAGCGAAGUGAACACUUUAAGACUCCUUAAAGUCUUCACUUUAAGACCCCUUUAAGUCUGAUCUUCACUUUAUUAAGAAUCCCUAAAGUGUUCACUUUGAGACUCCUUAAAGUGAACACUUUAAGAUUCCUUAGAGUGUUCACUUUAAUACCCCUUAAGGUUUAGUCCGAGGGCAACGAGUAGGUUUUUGAGCAAUUUGAUGGACUUACCUGACAAUAGCUUACAUGGGUUAAAAAGUUCUUGUCCAGAUCUCCAUUUACCCACCACUCCAGCUCCGCCCCUCGAAAGUUUAAUUCUCGAAACUACUUUCGUAAGGGAAUGAGGAAGAAUGAAUUUUUCUGGCAGUUCUGGAGACAGUUAACCAGCUUUUUAUUUUGGUUUGUGAAUAACGUACUUUCAGACAAAGGGAGGGUGAACUGUUUUCUUUCAGUUAGAAUAAACUGCAUUCUUAUCACAGGCGUUCAUAAAAUUAUGAACGCAUAAUUGGAGUCUAAACAGAGAAAAAAAAAUCGCCAUAUUAUAUGUCACAGGUCUAGUUGUUUGACAGCAGAAACAAUGUAAGGUACACCAAGAUCUGUUGUAGAAAUGAAAAUCGUGUUGCUAGUUAUUCUUUUCUUGAUGUUAUGCCAUGCUUUUUUAUCAUCAGAGGACUUCGGUAACUUCUCGUAUGAGGUAAAUCUAUACACCGAUAAGGACUACUCAAAAAAAGUUGAUGAAUUUCCUUUCGUCAUCGGGAUUAGCCAGCGGAUGUACCUGGAAAUGCGUGUAGAGUCGGGGGAUUCUGGACUGAUCUUGUUCCCGGAUGAAUGCAAGGCCACGCCCUCCCAGGAUAUCAAUGAUAAGCCGGACCAUGCGAUCAUCGAAAACGCGUAAAUAACCACUAAAAUAUUUGGGUUUAGUCAUUGAGUCUAUGGGUCUAUGAGAAAAGAAAAAUAAAAGCAAAAUACGUUGUAGCAAGUUAAAGGAAGAGAUUCAGAAGCUUGUAAACAACGCCCCUUCAGUAAGGGAAUCCGAGUCAUUCUUAAAUUCUGGAUUCUACGCCGUGGAUUCCGGAUUCUUCCAUUGUAGGCGCUGGUGGAUUCCGGAUUCUUUGUCAGGGGAACUUAGAUUCCGGAUUCCAGUCGUUAGUGGGAUUCCGGAUUCAAUCCUUGAGCAGUAUUUUGGAUUCAAAAGCCCCAGGAUUCUGGAUUCUACAAGCAAACAUUUUCCGGAUUUUACUUGGGGCGAUGUUGGUGUUUAUAUUUUAGUCUUCUAGCCUAUAAGUCUAUGAAAAAAUUGAUAAAAUGAAUAAAUAAAUAAAGCAAAGCAUGUUAUGGUAAGUUAAAUGACUAGUUUUGAGAAGUUUUCGCCAAUUAAAAUGUGAAAAAUAAAUUUACACCCAGUCAUUUCAUGCAUUCCUGAGGCGAAAGAUGAUUCGGAUGAAAGAACGUUAUGAGAAGGACCGUGGUGUUUUUAAGAAAGAUGAUGUAAUAUGUUUACCAGAAGCCAGAGCUUUUGUUCUGUAGUUUAGUUUUAUUUUCUGAUGCCGCCAAUGAUCUUAGUUGUGCAACCUAAAUUUUGCGUUAAAAAAAUUCUUGGCUUAUUUGAAAAAAAAAAAUGUUUAUUGUGCUUUCGCUUUAAAAGGUUAUUAUUCUUUUUGUAGAUGUCCCCGAGACAAAACUCUGGAGUUUGAGUACAAGAUGUCUGGUGAACAGCGAUUUACUUUAGUGGCCUUCCGCUUCAAAUCUGGUUAUCAAGACGUGUACAUACACUGUAAGAUGACUGUGUGUCGCUCGAAGGAAGAACAGUCAAAAUGCGCCAAGGGAUGCCAGGAAAACGAGAAUGACUCCAGAAAGAAAAGGGAAGUGAAAGAUGAUUUCGUCGUUAAUCAGUUCAUUGGGCCAAUCAAGGUCAAGGGAGAAGAAGGUAAGGGUAUGCAUUACUCACAGUACACUAUGAAAGACUUGUGUCAAGCACCCCUACAUUCUUCACAUAAUGCUAAAGUAAUCUGCAUUGAGAUAGCAGCCUCCAAUUAAAUACAUCAUAGCUGCCUUCUAGCUUCAGCGAUAUACCUUAUAAGGUUGUAAAGGAACUGAUCAAUGUUUCAGUCAGACAAUACUUAUGUUUCAUAUUCAGCUAAUUACAUUAAUAGUCAUCAUGAAGCUUACGCAUUUUCAACCACCAAAGCAACGAUGAACGUAAUGCAUGCAGUCAAACAAUUCAACUUUGGGAAAAUUCGCCCUCCGUUUGCUAACUAAAUUAGCCGAGUUCAAAGAGAGAUAAUCACUCAAAAUCGCGGAUUUAUGUUUAUAUAGGGGUACCUUUUUGUGGCUAGCUCAGUUCAAACAUAUGAAGGGGCAGAGUUUUCACUAGUUGAAGUAUAUGCUACGGUAGGGAAAUAUGUUAUUUCGGUCUGCCCAAAAGGGCAGGCAGAUACAUUAUAUGGCUGAGAAAAAGGCAAGAAAACGUUUUUGUUUUGUAAUUUAAUAAUGCUUUAAUAAAUUCUAAAGCAGUUAAAGGGAUGUAAAAUUCUAAACUAGGUAUGUGAAUGGUGUACCAUUUGCACGAUCCAAGUAUGCGAAAGGGGUACCUUUUCUGUCAAAUAUAGUAUAAAAAAGGGUAAGGGGUUAGACCGCGGAACCUCCCUGUAUAAAGCUCGUUAAGUAAACUCAUUCCCCGCCCCCGACAAGUUUGAAAUCUUUUCACAUGAUGAGUCCUUUCUGUACGACCUCUUUCAGUCUCGGAUGCACUUGGAAAGAAGGUCUCGCAAGACAAUCCACAGAUGUUCACCCUGGUUGGAGUGUUAGUUGGCGUGCUUGGAGUUGUCAUGCUCGGUCUCAUAGCUGCACUGAUUAUUGUAAUCAGGAAACGCCGUACAGAGGAGAAUGCCGCCACCUUGCUAGUUUAUGAUGAAUAG